UUUUAGCCAAGAAAUUCGAUUGCUAUUUUCAAGUUGAAGCUGAAUUAAAACUGGCGUGUUUAUUCGCUAGGGUUUAGAACAUAACACGGUGGGUGAGAUAGUAUAAUCUCAUUGCUCACUGAUUGCCAACUCCCCAACUCCUUUGCGUGAUGAGAAAAUCAAACGAAUAGCAAAAUGGUUGUUAACCUUCAAAAUUAGGUAGGCCAUCAUCUCUAAAGCCAGCUGAACAACAAAAACAUCCAAAGAUUAGCAACCAUAUUUUUCGUAAAAAAAUCCAGACGAAAAGUGAAAAAUCGUAGAUUUUGCUCUUUAGGCUUCCGAUGUUAGCCCUUUUGUGUGCCAAAGCGACUAGAUAAUUUUUCUUUGUCGCUUUAAUUUCAUUUUGCGUAUCAAUUAAGAACAAUUGCCAUUUGCGUUUAAUACGGAAGUACAGCGACAAAGUCAACAAACCACCCAACCAGUCAACAACCAGCCAGGUUUCAUUGAGGGAGUGCACUUUCCCUUUUGUUUGCAGAAAGUUUUGUAAAUUUAAAGUUAAGCCCUCAAGGUAAUAACGAAUAUGGAGAAUGAGUGGACCCACGAUGAGUCGGAAGCAUGCGAUGCCAUGAUUUUGGCUCCACCUCCUGUACGACGCUCCAAUGGCAGAACAAUAAAUGGUCACAGUGAAAUAUUAUGGACCUUCAAAGUCCUCAUGAACGAUUACAUGGCCUCUAGCGAAAAAUUGGCCAUUGUGGGUAGCUGCGAGUCCUUGGGAAACUGGCAGCUUAGCGGAAGUGUCCUAAUGAGCAAGGAUGAGGAUUCGGACAUAUGGAUUGUGGAAGUUCCAAUUCCCAGGGAUCGCACUGUUGCUUUUCGUUACUUUGUGUGUGCUGUGGACCCGUGUACAGAGAAGAAUCUGGUACGCCGUUGGGAGACAUCUAUGGCUUUAAGGCAAAUUACAUCAGCCGAUCAAGAGCCUUCAGCCGAGUGCCAUGAUGUAUUUGGCGUAGUCAAUGGUGUCGAAAAGGUGGAUCGUGGUUGGUUGUCAUCGGAGACAAUAGUGCAGUUGAAAUUCUUUAAUGCCCCGUUUUCCUGGAAGCAGCGCAUGAAGAAACGGCUGAUGUAUGUAAAAGUGACUCCCAUGAACUUGCGCAUACCGGUAUAUGGUACGGACAGCAACAACCUGCUAGCUGGUUCAAUAGCUCCGUUGGAAGACUCUUUGUCCAACGACACUCAUGAUACCCGCGAAAACGGGGGCGAUUGUGGUUUGGCAUUUUCGUUUUCUGAGGUGGUUACAUUGACUCCGGACGAUAGCUUAAUACAGCCCCAGCCUCAAUUUGGAACAAAAUGUGGCGCCGAAGAUUUGGUUAUAUUCCAUUUAACAAUUGGUGAUUUUGAAAACACCGCUUACUUGAUUGAUCUGUACACCUAUAGUUCCAAAGCAGGCGACGAUGAACCACCCCAUCAUGUGGGAUACCACUAUGUUUUGCCAAACCUAUUCAAAAUGUCUGAGGGUCGUUUAGAAGUUCCCAUUACAUGUGCCUCUAAGCAUCGCCCCAUGGGUAUGAUGCAAUUUGGUUAUCUGCUGGUAAAGCCCACACCCUCACUUGGUCUGGAUAUGUCAGUGUCCUACACACGCUACUGGAAUAAAAAAUGGACUGGCUUAGAUGUUGGUCAUCGUGGUUCCGGCACUUCGUUUAAAACCAAUGAUAUUUCCAUUAGGGAGAACACCAUAACCUCAUUGAAGAAUGCCGCCGAACAUGGUGCCGAUAUGGUGGAGUUCGAUGUUCAGCUGAGCAAGGAUUUAGUGCCUGUCGUGUAUCACGAUUUUAUGAUUUACGUAUCGCUAAAAUCAAAAAGUAACUUGGAAGAGAAUGAUUUUCUUGCCCUUCCCAUGCGGGAGUUGACUUUGCAGCAAUUGAAAAAUCUGAAAGUGUAUCACACUGCUGAAGGUAAAUCUCGAUCUUCGCGUUCAUUUCAAAAUGAUGAUAUGCUGGAGCAUCAACCAUUUCCGCAGCUUGCCGAUGUUCUCGAUGCCAUAGAUCCCCAUGUGGGUUUCAAUAUAGAGGUUAAGUGGUCGCAACGCCUACACGACGGCACCAUGGAGGAGGAAUUCGAGCACGUUAUAGAUCGUAAUCUCUAUGUUGAUUGUAUACUGGAUGUGGUCUUUCGUAAGGCUGGCAAGAGACGCAUUAUAUUCUCAUGUUUCGAUCCGGAUAUAUGUACAAUGUUGCGUUUCAAGCAGAAUCGUUAUCCUGUAAUGUUUCUUACAAUUGGUGAUUCAGUAAAGUAUCAGAAAUUUAUGGAUCCCCGAGGAAAUCGAAUUGAAACGGCCGUUUUGCAUUCUCUGGCUAUGGAAUUGUUGGGUAUAGUGGCCCACACGGAGGAUUUGUUAAGAGAUCCAUCUCAGGUAAAUUUAGCUAAAGAACGUGGCUUGAUCGUAUUCUGUUGGGGCGAUGAUAACAAUAGCAAAACUACCAUAAAAUUAUUAAAGGAUUUGGGUUUGCAUGCCAUAAUCUACGAUAAAAUGGAUGUUUUAACCAGCAAGGAAGUAAAGCAAAGUGUCUUCUUGCUGCAAGCCAAGGAAAGUCAAAACGAACUGUUAAAGCUGCAGGCCCUGGAAAUGGGAAAAGUAUGGCAUCAUUCAUCGCCAGCAUCCUCUUCCUCAUCCUCGAACAACUCAUCCACCAGCAGCAAGGCUUAGAAGAAGAAGUCUAUGCCGAUUCUAUUGAUGAGCAUAAAUAAACCUUUUUAUGUAGUAGUUCGAAAUAGCAACAAAUAGUCGAAUAUUUCAUACAUAAUUUUUUUUACUAUUUAUAUACAAAUUCUUAAUUGUAACACUCCACACAUUCAAAUUCAACGAUUCGUAUUCUUAGCAGCAUCAUCAUUACUUGUAUAAUUCAUUAUUAUUUUUGAGCAAUCGCUUAUUUACGCAAUUCAAUAGAUUUGUGUUUGUUUUUCUGUUUAGUACAAGGUUUUCAGUCUUUUUUUUGCCUCUAUGACUUCUAAUCUCAUAGUGUUUCAUAUUUUUUAUUGUUUGGAAUUAUUUCCCCAUUCUAAUACUGAAAUAUACUAUACUACUUGAUGAAUAAAUAUGAAUUAUUGCAAAUUUGUUUUUGAUAAGUACAAAUACAAACAU